ACUGCAUCGCCUAUGUACACGUACAUGCUCAUGUUGUGAAGCCCCACUGCUGUGCGCUUCUUUCACUAUCCCCUCAGUAGCAGCAAUUUUUUUCUUUUCAGGCCACUGGCAAGGGCCUCGUCGCAAUGAUCGUCUCAGCACGGUGAUAUCUGAGACGUACGGUAUUAGGGGAUUGGAGGAUGAGGCUAUCCCUUCUCGCCGCGCUCCUCCUUCUGGGAGGUACGCUGGCUGUGUCGGUGAAUGAGGAUGACGAGGCCGCAGACGAUGGCCUGAACGCGCAGGAGUACGCAGAGUUGCUGGCCUUCGCUAUUGACGGAAAUGAACAGGAGAUCCGAGCAAGCCAACGUGGACUAAACGAUGAAGACGCACAGGAAAUUACUGAACUUGAUGACGAUGAGGGUGACGCACAACAUAGUCGUGGCGGUGAGAAUGAACUAAGCGAGGAAACCGAGUCUACUGAUGUUGAUGCGGAGGAGUCUGACGAAGACGCCGAGCGAGUAGAUCGAAUUGUGUCUAUCCUAAGUGAGGAGAAUGCGAACGAAGAAAAUGAGGGCACUGGCGAUGCUAGUGAUGAUGAGGACGAUGACGAUGAUGGUGCUGCUAGUGAGCUAAGAGAAACAGAUCGGGACUCAGCGACAGUUGAUCAGGCUCUGAACAAUCGUGAGGCGAACUUCUUCUUCUGGAGGCGCAGACGCAGACGUCGCACAAGCCCUCCCAAGCCCAAGCCCAGGUCAGUAGCCCCACGUCCGGAGCAUCCACGCGGUAUACCACCCUUGGCAACUGGAUCACCGAGUCGCCAAGCACGAAGUCACAACAGCAGAAUCCGACUCGGACGAGAUGGCGGUACCCGGGGCUUUUCCUAUGAUCCCCGUAAUCCUCCACCCAGGAAUAGCUACAGCAGUCGACGUCGCAGACGGAGACGUCGCCGUCGCCGUCGUCGUUGGUAAGACGCAGGUAGACUGGUCCGAGAGGCUGGGACCAAAUCCUGGAUUUGGUAACUACCACUUUCCAAAAGAUAAAUGCCCACAGAUUCACAUAUGAAUGGAGAUGGGAAAGGGACAGCCAACCAUAGAUUUUUGCGCGUACAUGUCCAUUCGUUUAAGGAGAUCUUUUUACAAGAAUCUAUUUUUUGUUCCUGGACAAUUCACAGUAGUAGGGCAGCGUUUUCGUCCACAAGGGGAAAUGUCCUGGUACUGUGCAUUCAGCUAUCACAGUCACUACGCACCCACUAUACGCUCUCCUGUCUUUUCUAGCGUACACUCAACACGUUGUUUUCCAAUUUAAAAUACUUCAAAGUAGCAAUUACUAUUUUUGUAAAAUUAUUAGUGUUGCAAAAGCCUUUGGUAACCGCUGUGUGUUCAGCAUUGCUGUGGUGGAUCGUUCUUAUCAGUCA